ACAACCAGUCCUGCCAUUCCACGGCUGCCAUCCGACGUUGCAGACGAUUUCUCCAGCCCUGGCUCGCAAACUACCAGCGCAGCCUCUGCAAUCUUCCACGUCCAUUCUAUCCCUCCCGAGAUACUCACCUGCAUCUUCCUCUGGCUCAUCACUCUCAACCCUGUU